GGCGCCGCGGCAGCGGCGGCGGUCGUGGCUGUGGCCGGGGGAAGUGAAUGGUUUUACCCAGAGGGCCCUGCGCCGCCUUUCUCCGCUGGCACCGGCGCCGCUGCCAGCUCCUCCUUCCCGGCCAUGGCGUUCACGUUCGCGGCCUUCUGCUACAUGCUGGCGCUGCUGCUCACCGCCGCGCUUAUCUUCUUCGCCAUCUGGCACAUUAUAGCAUUUGAUGAGCUGAAGACUGAUUACAAGAAUCCUAUAGACCAGUGUAAUACCCUGAAUCCUUGUCGGCCAAAGACAGUUGAAAAGGUCAAAAAGAUUAAAAGAGUCAAAAUUGCACUAAAGCUUGUACUUCCAGAGUACCUCAUCCAUGCUUUCUUCUGUGUCAUGUUUCUUUGUGCAGCAGAGUGGCUUACACUGGGUCUCAAUAUGCCCCUCUUGGCAUAUCAUAUUUGGAGGUACAUGAGUAGACCAGUGAUGAGUGGACCGGGACUCUAUGACCCUACAACCAUCAUGAAUGCAGAUAUUUUAGCAUACUGUCAGAAAGAAGGAUGGUGCAAGUUAGCUUUUUACCUUCUAGCAUUUUUUUACUACCUGUAUGGCAUGAUCUAUGUUUUGGUGAGCUCUUAGAACAACACACAGAAGAAUUGGUGCAGUUAAGUGCAUGCAACAGCCACCAAAUGAGGGGAUUCUAUCCAGCAAGAUCCUGUUCCAAGAAUAGCCUAUGAAAUCUGAUAAGUUACUUUAAAAAAUGACUCCUUAUUUUUUAAAUGUUUCCACAUUUUUUGCUUGUGGAAAGACUGUUUUCAUAUGUUAUACUUGGAUAAAGAAUUUAAAUGGAAUUAUGCAUAAAUUAAUAUAAAAUGAUUACCUUUGGUGUUGACAGGUUUGAACUUGCACUCCUUAAGGAACAGCCAUAAUCCUCAAAUGAUUGCAUUAAUUACUGACUGUCCUUAGUCCAUUGGAAACUUUUGUUUAUAGGAACUUGUAGGGCCCAUUUUGGUUUUAUUGAAAUGCCAUUUAAUUAUAAAUUAGCUGUAGCUAUCAAGUGCUUCUGAUGAAUUGAAAAUAUGUAUCUGACUUGUGGGAAACUUUAUAGGUUUCCUCAUUUAUCAUGUAGAUGAUUAUAUAUGGAUACAUUUACAAAAAUAAGAAGAGUGGGAAUUUUUCCCUUCAACUUGAAUAUUAUCCCUGUAUAUUGCAUGAAUGAAAGAUUUCCCAUAUUUUCAUCAGAGUAAUAUACUUGCUUUAAUUCUUAAGCAUAAGUGAACGUGAUAUAAAAAUAUAUACUGAAUUACUUGUGAAGAAUGCAUUUAAAGCUAUUUUAAAUGUGUUUUUAUUUGUAAGACUUUACUUAUUAAGAAAUUGGUUAUAUUAUGCUUACAGUUUUAAUCUGGUGGUAAAGGUAUUCUUAAGAAUUUGCAAGUACUUUAGAUUUUCAAAACUGAAUGAGAGAGAGAAUUGUAUAACCAUCCUGCUGUUCCUUUAGUGCAAUACAAUAAAACUCUGAAAUUGACUCAUUUUCAGUGCAUUGUUUUAAAGAUUAAGAAUAGCUAUUCCUCCUCACAUUUGCUUGAUCCAUAUUAGAGACAUAUGAAUAUCAUUGAAAAAAUAGAGUAUUUAUUACAUUGUGGUUUUUAAAAAAUUCCCAGAUCUUUAAAUGGCCAAGCACGUUAUUUCUGUUGUCAUUUGAGAAGAUUCCUAACGAUUGAUGGUGCAGCAUUAUCCUUUCUCUUGCCAAUUAAAAAAGAAAAAUUAUUGUGGCACUUAAAAUAUUUUAAAUUUUUUCUUUUUGAAAUGGCUCAUUUUAAGGUAAAAUGACAUAUAAAUUUGAGUUUUUGCUGCUUUUCAUGAAGAAAGUAAAUUAUGGCUAGUAUGCUUUUGUAAGCAUUCUUCUGAUUUAUUUGGAAUGAGAAAGUUAAAGAAAUGGGAAAUAAUGUAAGUGGUUCAGAAGUUUCUUGAACAUAGCAUCAAAGGAAGAUAACCAAUAUGUGGAAAUUCCCAGAAUGACCAAGGAAGUUGAUGGAUGUUGUGGAAGUCUGAUUCUAAGAACUUUUUGUAUUAGUUGCUAUUUUAUUCUCUACAAAUGAAAAAAUGCUUGGAAAUAAUCCUUCACUUUUGUGAGAGUAAUUUAACAUUUUGGGAUUGGGUAAUUUGGGUGAGUACGUUGAAGAAAAUGUCGAACCAGAAGGGUGAGAAGAGUCAAACCAUUUCAUAACAAGGAAAGCUUUAAUGGCCUUUAAAUUUAUAAUCUGGAGAACCACUAAAGGGAACUGACUUUUUCAGUUUGUGUAGUAAAUUAUUUACUGAGCACUUACUAGGCGCUGAAGAUUCAUGCAGUCAUUUAGUUUCUAAUCCAUUUAAUUGUACCAGCAUCCACUCCCCAUUCCCCAAUAAGUACUUUUGAUUAUGAAAGAUCUGGCCAAGUCUUCAAUACAGAUAGAUUUCCUGGGACUGUAAUUUUAGUAUUCCUGUCAUAAAGUAUUUUCAUGAACCCCUGCUCUCUUAGCAAAUACUACUUUGUUUUAUAAGUUUUAGCAAAAUCCUUAUAAUAAUCUAUAAUCUUCUCUGGGAUUAAUGAAAAGCUUCUUGGUUGGAAGCCAUGUUUUCAUGCUGUCAAAAAUUCAAUGUCCUCAUCUGAAUCCUCAGGAGAUCUCCACAGUGAGGUUCAUCCAUUUCACUGGUAGAUUGUUAGUGCCUACGCAAUAAGUGAUUAGAUGAUUGAGUACCUGGAUGCUCUAAUAAUAUCUGCCCAUUUUUGCCUUUUUUUGUGAAAGCAGAAACAAUACUAUACCUGACAAUAUUCUACUGGCUCAUUUCCUUGCUCUGAAUUGGAUUUGUUCUCUUCUUUGUUUGGGAUGGCCCUAGUCUUACUUCUAUUAUUCCUGUAGGCUCAGCUGAAGCAUAGUUAGCCUAGAUUUAUAAUCUUUCCAGUUUAUAUCAAAUUCCUACUCUUUUCCUUAUUACAAUUACUUUUGAUAUUGUAUGCUUCAUUUUAUCUUUAUGAACUCUGUAGCUCUCAGAUGUUUUCCCUAUUUGCACCUACUUUAUUACGUCUAGUGUAACUACAUUUAUAGCUAUGACCAACACUUCUUUGUUGCUAUGGAUACUACAGAGUCUCCGGAAUUAAAAGUCUUAUUAAUGUAGUCUGUUUAGCAGUUAUUCUAUUGAGUAAUACUAUAUCAUGGUAAUAGGUCACUUUAGUACUGAAUAGACGUAGGGGUAGAAACUAUUGAAUACCUAUAUCUAAAUGUUAUUAAUGACAUGACGGUUUUCACAAUGUUUAAUUGAUCCCUUUCACUCCUCAUUGUAGGGUAAAGGAGAGUUUCACUCCAGGCUAUAGACAAAUUGCUAAUAAGAAGUUUGAGUUAUUUUUAAUGGGAAGGGAAAGUAAUUGGAAAUGAACAGAUAAAUCUCUUUCGAGUAUUAGUAAAACAUUUGUGAUAAUGAUCUCUUCUCAGGCAACAAAGUACAGGGCAGUUUGCUGCAUGAUUCUCUUUGUAAGUCUGUUCAGUAUUUUUCAACUUGAGGACCAUUCCUGCUAAGAGCUUACAGAGCUCUCCUCUGCUCCCUAUAUCAACAUACUUUGAAGGUAUGUCUCAUAUUUGCAUAGAAAAGAAAUAAAACUAUGUGGCAAAAUACUUUUCUUUAUAUAACACUUCUCUAAUUAUAUAUUUAUGAAUACUGUUCAUAGAAUAUUAUUGUCACGGAGCAACUAGUGACAUCUGUGUAUCUUUUCUACCCUGCAUGGGUGAGCUUUCAUUUUAGGUGUGAAAAUAUUACAGCACUAUGAUAUAUUAAGCCCAUUCAAAUAAUGAUUUAUAUUAAAAAACAAUUUCCCUCAUUUUAGAGAGGAAAGAAAAAUACUGGUACCUUGUCAAGAAUUGUUCAUAAAAGUUCUCAUGUUCAUCCUUUCUGAAAACUAUUAGUCUCAAAUAAUUUUAAGUUCUUUGCUCAAACCCAUCAUUGAUCUUUAGUCAGACCAGUGGCUAGAAAGUCUCUGGUACUAGUUUAUAACUUAGAGGAGAUGGUUCUGAACUAAUACCCCAGAGUGAUGCCAUGAGAAAAAGCGUGGCUCUAUUUCUGGAUAUAUUGACUAUAUUUCUUAGAACAAUUUUACUUUGAUUAAGAUUCAGAAAGAUAAAUGUCUAAAAAAGAAGUAGAUAACAUUUUGUUUUGGAAAAUAGUAUUAACCACGUACGAAUACCAGUCAGCAGUGUUGGAGUAAGGCUUUUGUUCUGCAUUAAUGUUCUUAGUGCACAUUGUACAAAUAUAGAAGAUACCUUGACCUGUAAAGGAAUGAAUUGCAUCUCUCAUAUGUUAAUUAUAUUUUAUAAUGCUUUUUCUAAAUAUUACAGUUUCUUUGGAUUAUGUUUAUGUUUUCUGGAGAAGAAAAGUUUCUUAAAUAGAUUGAUAAUUAGAUAGACCCUAAAACUACUAAAAGAAACAUAAAAUGUGGUUAGCUCUGUAUGCUCACGAUUUGUUAAAAUCUUAAGCUUGGUGGUGCUGUAUCACUGUCCAAAGAAAAUGCUCUUAAGUAGCCCUACUUUACUCCUUAGAGCUGGUUAUUUUGCUUUUGUACAUUUAAUAAAAACAGUCUCAAAUAUU